AUGGAGAUUCAGGACUCUUUCAAACCUGUCCGCGUUCAAGAUGAUGUGGUUCAGUCUGCAAACGGUAAUAAGACUAUCCCCCUCUGCUCUGCCCUGCUGUUGCUCACCAUGCAGACUUAUUCUACUGCCCCAGCCACUGGGAAGUCCACCUGCACCACCCGCAUCAGAAAGGAGUUUAAAGCUCAUGCAGACAGAUAUGGGAAAUGGAACCUGGCCAUACCUAAACCUAACGCGACUGACUAUGCAUCCCAGGAUUCACUCACCUGCCAGCAGGCAGCCAAAGAGAUGGAAGGAGAGCCGCACAAACGCGCCCUGGCCCCAUGGAAGUACAGCAUCGACACUGAUGAGAACCGGCUCCCUCAUAAGAUUGCCGUUGCGGAGUGCCUUUGCGGCGGCUGCAUCAUCAACGCGAGUGAAACACAUGACUACAACUCUGUGCCUGUGAAAGCUCCGCUGAUGGUCCUGAGGAAGACUCAGUGCCCACAUGACCCAGAUAAAUAUGUGUUCAAAACAGAGUUUAUAUUUGUCACGGUGGCCUGCACUUGUGUUGUGCCCAAUCAGUCUAAAUGA